AAGAAGAACAGGUCUAUCUCGAGUAGAAAAUCAACAGAAGGGGGGUCCAGAUUCGGGAAAAUUGGGGUGGAGACCUAACGGAAGAAACUGAACAUUCUCUUCAUGGUCCAGCUUGUAGCAGAACUCUGAGGAGGAUCUGGACUCGAGAAGUUUGGAUUGGAGAGUGGCAUUCAAUGAGAAGGUUGGAGAGAGAGAAAGAACGCGACCAUCACUUUCAAAGUAUAGGGGACUCGGGAAGGAUCCAGACUAGGGAAGACAGGAGUGGAAGUGCACAGCACGAGGACUAGAGAAAAAAGGAGCGAGUGAACCAUCAUCUCCACCAUUUGAAGAGUUUUGGGAGCCAGCAGACAGGAGGUGAACGUCUCCAGAAAGAACAAGCCAAAGCAGGAUGGUGACGUGUCCGACCCAAAGCGGUAGCCGACAACGUGGCGUCCGCCAACUCCUGCCCAGGAACAUGGUCCUGUUUCUGGUCCUGCUCCUGCCGCUGGCCCAGCAGGCCGAGACGGCAGUGCACUCCAGCUUCCGGCGUCUGAGCGGCCGCGAGAAGAAAGAGAUGCAAAAAGAGAUCUUGUCCAUCCUGGGCCUGCCGGGCCGACCCAGGCCUCACCCGCCGCUUAGGCCGCCAUCGUCAGCGCCGCUUUUCAUGCUGGACCUCUACCACGCCAUGGCGGUGGACGGUGAGGACAACUCGGCCUCCGCCAACGACGUCAUCAGGCCCGGCGUGCACCGGCGGAGGGCGGCCGUCCACCACCCGGCGCUGCCUACCCUCAGCACGCACACGCCACCGCUCGGCACCGUCGUCAGCGAGGCCGACACUGUCAUGAGCUUCGUCAAUUUGGUGGAGCAGGAACGGGACCUGCUGCAGCCGCGUCCCUAUUGGAAGGAGUUCCGCUUCGACCUGACCCCCUUGCCCCAGGGUGAGACCGUGACGGCAGCAGAGUUCCGCAUCUACAAGGCGCUGACGCUGGGCCAGCGGGCCAACAGAACCCUGCACAUCUCCGUAUACGAGAUUCAGAAGGACAACAGACACAGGGACCCUGAGCUGGUGCUGCUGGACAUGCAGUCCGUGCCGGCAGGCCAAGAAGGCUGGUUGGCCUUCGACGUCACCUCGGCGUCCAACCACUGGCUUCUGCACCCCCGCAGCAACCUGGGAAUCCGCCUCUACGUGGAGACCGAGGAGGAUCGCUCGCUGUCUGCCGCCUGGAUCGGGCUAGUGGGCCGCAGAGGUCCUCGCUCCAAGCAGCCCUUCAUGGUGACCUUCUUCCGGGAGAGCCAGAUCCCCUGCCGGCCCCCCCGCGCGGUCAAGACGCACCCCCGCAGGAAGAAGCCCAAAUAUGACCUCCCCGUACCCAGCAUUCAUAAUCGAAGUCCCGUCAACAGUGGCGGUCAGCCAUGUAAAAAACACGAACUCUACGUCAGCUUCAGUGACCUCGGAUGGAAGGACUGGGUUCUGGCACCCACAGGCUACUCGGCAUACUACUGCGAUGGCGAGUGUUUUUAUCCCCUAGGGGCCUGCAUGAAUGCCACCAACCACGCCCUCAUCCAGCAAGUAGUGCAUCUGCUGAAGCCCGACGAGGUGCCCAAGGCGUGUUGCGCGCCCACCAAGCUGAGCCCCAUCUCCGUGCUCUUCUACGACGACAACAACAACGUCAUCCUCAAGAAGCAUCGGAACAUGGUGGUUAAGAACUGCGGCUGCCUAUGAGACGCGCGGCCGCCGCCGCCGCCAAGACGUCGUUAGCAGCAACCAAAACCAGAGGAGAGUUGACUUUGACUUUUAUUACAAGAUACACACAACUAUUACUUUUUUUUGGUCACACAUCUUUUCUAAAUAGUCCUUCCAAAACAUGAAAUACAAUGUUGAUGUACAUGUUUUGUGCUUGUCACUAAGCGUUAGUGGUCCAAAUUAAUGAACAUAUUCCAUAAGUUAUUGCCACAUGUAGAUUUGUUU